AAUUUAACUCUAAAAUAGAAUUGAAUUUAACUCUUUCUUUUUCCUUUUUUUUUUUUUAGAAAUAUAAUAUACUAGUACUACAUAGACGAAAAAAUAUUGACUCAAUUCUUAUUACUCUAAAAUUUUAUUUUCUCUUAUCUUCUCCUUCAAUCGCCGCCGAUGGAUUGGCAAGGACAAAAGCUAGUGGAGCAAUUGAUGCAGAUACUUCUUGUGAGCUUUGCUGUGGUCGCGUUCCUCACAGGUUAUGUGUUAGGCUCGUUCCAAACUAUGCUGUUAACGUACGCUGGUGGUGUUGUCUUUACAGCCCUUGUCACCAUACCCAACUGGCCUUUCUUUAAUCGCAAUCCUCUCAAUUGGUUGGACCCAAGUUUAGCUGAAAAGCAUCCCAAACCAGUGUCUGCUAACUCCGGUUCCAAGAAGAAGAGCACUAAGAAGUAAGAUCAUUCGACUGACAUUUCACUCGGUCCUCUUACAGCGAACUGUUAUGAUGUAUCAAUCGAAUACAGUUGAUGGUUUUUCGAUAUGAGCUGAACGUUUUCUGCUCUCGGUGAAUUUUGCAGUGCUAUAAGAAGGAUUUAGUUUUGAUCUCUUUUA